AUGGAUUUAAGCAAAGCACGUGGUUGCAACUUCUAUCCCGUGGGGGAAUACUUGAAGUUCGUUAGGAUACCAGAGAACUUAGAGGUCGGAGAAGAAGUGUUACAAGUGGAAGUCCACCCAAGGAAGAACCUAGUGCUGCAACCAGUAGACAGGGAGGAGGACGUCCACUUAUUUACGUACAGAGACGUAAAUAGAACACACGUGUCGGUGGUGCUGGCACAAAGUGUGGACCACUUGGUCGACAGCGACUCACCGCAAAAUGUCGUCAAGUUUCGCCUUGGAUGCGAUUUUGACACUGGCGACGAUCUUAUAUCGGCUUUCUUGUCGGUGACCGUGUACAUCGAGGAUGUAAACGAUAAUGCGCCAACGUUCCUGGACCUUCCCUACAGGGUUACGGUGGAUGAGCUGACACCCACAGGUCUUACAAUUUUCAAAGGCAUCCGCGCUUUCGAUCGGGACAAACCUAACACCCCCAACUCGGACGUCCAAUACAGCAUCACUGACGGCGAUCCCGAAGGACGGUUCGCCCUGGAGAGCUCCCACAAGCCGGCGCUGGUGUUGGCCAAGCCGAUCGACUACGACGCGGGCGACAGAGAAUUUUUUUUGACUAUUACAGCCUCUGAUCGUGGAUCUCCACCUCGCGCAUCCAACGCUACGGUGCACGUCAUUGUAGCGGACAAUGAUGACCUGCCUCCCAAGUUUACGCAAGACGUCUACAGGACAAGUAUACCCGAGUUCUAUCCGCUGCUGGGGCGGCGCGUGCACCGCGAGCUGGUGUUCCCGGCGGCGGUGCGCGCGUUCGACCGCGACGCGGGGCUCGGCGCGCCGCUGCGCUACCAGCUGCUCGCCGGCAACGAGCGCGGCUACUUCUCGCUCGGACCACUCAACGCCACGCUCUUCCUUGAUAAGGAGAUCGAUCUGGAAGCGGAGACGUUGCCCGGGAACACCUUCGUCCUUCAAAUCGAAGCAGCGCAAGUCGACAAUCCUCUCAAGACCGCUCAAGCACGUAUUGAAGUGGAGAUCCUGGACCUAAACGACAAUUUGCCGGAGUUCGAAGUGGAUUUCUAUAACAUAAGUAUCGUCGAAAAUUUACCCAACGGUUUCAGCGUUCUCCAGGUGGUGGCAACGGAUAAAGAUCAAGGAGACAACGGAGAGUUCACGUACCAGCUCAGCGAUCCAGAGGGAGCGUUCUCCAUUGAUCCACGGAGUGGCUGGCUUACUGUUAGGAAUCAGACAGUUUUAGACAGAGAGCAGCACUCUUCACUAAGGAUGAAAGUGUACGCAAAGGAAAAGAACCCGAGCUACUUCGAAGAUGAUCAUCAGCUAAUGUCAUUUGUGACAGUUGAAGUGACGUUACUCGACGCAAACGAUAACAACCCGGUUUUUGUUCCGAGCAACCUCUACGAAUUUACCGUAAAGUCGAAUGCGAAAAUCGGUACACACAUCGGUAAUGUGAAGGCUGUGGAUCCAGAUUUAGGGAGGAACGGGAUAGUGUUUUACGAUUUGCAGAGGACUAGUAAUUUGACAAUUACUGCACCGUUUCAAGUGGAUGCGAAAACCGGUGUGAUUACUUCGGCAGAAUCACCGAUAUUGGAGGGAAGGCAUGCUCUGUUUAUAGAAGCGUCCGAUCAACCAGCAAAUCCGAGCGAGAGGAGAUAUUCAUUGGCUGUGGUAACGAUAGAUGUUACCAGAUCAAAUAUUGAUAAACCAGAUUUCAUCGGGGCGCCGUAUGAGUUUUGGGUUGGUUCAAAUGUUGGUAUUGGAACUAGUGUUGGACAAAUUAGAGUCAAUGAAGCCAUGGAGAAAUCUGAAGUUUCAUAUGAUCUCCUGCAUGGAUAUGAAGAAGGAGUGCCGUUCGCAGUGGAGGAGCGCUCUGGAGUCAUCACAGUGAUACACGAGCUAUCCGAAUUCGAUCGUCCCAUGUACGAGUUUGAAGCGGUUGCCAUACAAGACAGGAUCAACUUGACUAUAUCCACAAACGCGACGGUACACGUUGUGGACGCCAACGACGAGAGAGGCAUUUUGUUGAAGGGUACCCAAUCGCCAAUCGUAUUUCGUGUUAAAGAAAAUGUGGCAGGAGCUAUAAUUGGACAAAUAUUCAACGUCAAUAAAAGUGCGUCUUCAAUAAACAACACUGGAAAUAUUAGAUUCAUAAUUGCGAAUCAACAAGAUGUCACAGAUGAUAUUGCAAUUGGCCAAGAUGGGACUAUUUAUACUCAGAAACCUCUUGAUCGAGAAAAGAGAGACGCUUAUAGAAUGACAGUAAUCGCUGAAUUUAACAGGGGAAUCAUAUCUGGCGCAGGAAUUUAUCAAGUCAAUAUUUAUGUAGAUGAUGAAAAUGAUAACCCACCGAUAUUCGAUAUGCCCGUUUAUGAAGGUGUCAUAACGGAAAAUGCAAAGAAAGGCACGGAAGUAAAAAUGACUAAUAAAAUUAGAGCGCUUGACGCCGAUAUUGGUCACAACGCAGUUUUUUCCUAUACUCUGUUUGGAGAUGGUCACGAUUUAUUUCAUGUGAAUGAAGACAGUGGACUAGUAACUUAUAUUGGUAAUAAAUUGGAUCGAGAAGAAAAAGGUUUGUACAUAUUAAAAGUAGUGGCUAGAGACAAAGGAAGUCUGAAAUCAGAGGCAAAACUUACAAUAACAGUUCUUGAUGAAAAUGAUAAUGAGCCAAAGUAUCAUCAAAUUAUUAUACCAUUGGGAGAGAAUGUUGAUUUGUUAGAGAAAGAUGACAAAACUGAUGUAAAAAUAUACAGAGAAAGGCAAAACGAUGUAAAUAGUGGAGUAACAAACAUAGAAGUUAAACCAAAGAAUAAGUUUUUAACCACAAACGCAAAGGGCCCGUUGUUUACGGUUCCAGAAAAUGUUGCAAUUGGAUCGACAAUAUUAAAAUUAAAUGCGAUAGACAUGGACAGUGGUGCAAAUGGUCAAAUACGUUACGAAUUUGUUUCAGAAACAUUUAUGCCUCAAAGGUCCUUGUCUGGGAACGCAUUACAAGUUAAAAGAUUUUUUGUGAUAAACGAGAGGCAUGGACAUGUUGUCGUAGCUAGAACUUUACCUCCGGAAUCAGAAUUUAGAUUGAAUGUUUCUGCUAUAGAUGGAGGAGAAUUGAGUGAUCAUAUUACCAUAAGAGUACUUGUCAAGGACAUCAAUGACCAUUUCCCUAUGUUUAAGAAAUCUUGGUACAAUUUUAAUGUAGAAGAAGCUCAAUAUAGUAGACGAGUGUUGGGCAAAGUUGACGCAACAGAUGCCGAUUUCGGCCAAAACGCUAACUUAACGUACUUUUUACAGCCUGAUAGUAAAGACUUGCCAUUUGAAAUUUCGCCCCUGAGUGGGGUUUUAAGUAUAAAUGGGGAACUAGAUAGGGAGAAAGAGGAUAAAUAUACCCUUACAGUAGUUGCUAGGGAUAAUGGUUUCGAAAAGAAAUUGACCUCAUCAGUCAGUGUAGAAAUACAAGUACUAGACAUAAAUGAUAACUCGCCUAAGUUCUACGCUUUUGAUGAACUCUUAGAAUGGAAACAUCCAGAAGCAUAUAAUUUAUCGAAUCAUAACUUCGAAUCGGUCAUGAUGAUCCCUGUGUAUAAGGCAACAUUGAAAGAAAACGCUCCUGUUGGAAGUGUGGUUACGCAGGUAUACGCAAAUGACUCCGAUUUUAUUGGAAAUGGGAACGGAUUAAUACUUUACAGUCUACCGCAAAGGAGGAACCAAAUGAAUAUUUUCACAAUCGAUUCUAAAGAAGGUAUAAUCACAACCACAGGACGAUUGGACUAUGAAAGUCAGUCUGUGCAUAAUGUUACCGUAAUUGCUUCAGACUUAGGCUCUCCAAGUUUAAGUUCAACCGCUAUAGUUAUGUUAACAGUUCAAGAUGUUCCCGAUGAGAUAGAAAUGUCAGACAAACCUGUUUUUAUAUCACGGUACUAUGAAUUGGAAAUUGAAGAAAACGUCCCAACUCCCGUAGAACUCGUCACCUUAAAUUUGACGGAAUACUAUGAGAAUUACAAAAUGAGAUAUUUCAUUCUGAACGAAAACGACACCGAUAUUAAGAAGACAUUUGUGAUUGAUCCACGUAACGGAACUUUGUAUCUAGUACGGAGUCCAGAUAGAGAAAUAAGAGAUAUGUAUGAGAUAAUAGUUAGAGCCGAAAGACAAAAGAUUAGUAGAGAGAUGCCGCAUAUGAUUUAUCCUGUUUCCGAUGACGUGCUGGAGGGUAUGACGAAGUUUGACGUGAAAAUUAUUGUAAGGAUAAAAGAUGUGAAUGAUAACGCACCGAAGUUUAUUAACGGUGGGCGUCCGAUGGUGACAGCAAUUCCAACUACUGCUUCUUUUGGAUAUGAAGUUAUACGGCUACAGGCGGUUGACGCGGACGCCGGUCUAAACGCGGAGGUGCGCUACCACUUGAUGAACUCGGCGGGGGGGCGGUUCUCGGUGGAGGCGGAGAGCGGGCGCGUGCUGGCGGCGGGCGGGUUCGCGCGCGACGCGGGCCGCGUGCUCGGCUUCGACGUGAAGGCCACCGACCGCCGCGGCGCGGACGACGGCCGCUCCGCCAUUGCCAAUGUCUUCGUAUACGUCCUAGACGAGAGUAAACAGCUCGUCCUUGUCGUCGGAGCGAAACCUACGGAGGUGGAGAAAGAGAUGGCGAACAUCACGCGCCACCUCUCCAACAUGACCGGUUAUGACAUCCGCGUGCGCAGACUUGAAGCUAGUGCGAAGUCUUCAAUGGAUGGACAUGCGACCGACAUGUACGUUUAUGGCAUUGAUCCGUUGUCGAAUGCAAUCAUCGACAUGGAGGUAUUGCAGAAAUCGAUAAUGAAGCGCGAGACGGGCACGAUGUCGGUGGGCGGGUUCAGGGUGCUGGGCGUGGGCGGGCGGGAGGCGCAGAGUGGGGGAGGGGCGAGCGGGAUGCGGCUGCCCAGCUCCGCGCAGCUCGGCCUCGUCGCGCUUGCCGCGCUCGUGCUGCUCGCCGCGAUCGCCGCCGCGCUUUGUAUUCUCUGCAAGACCACCAGGAGAAAACGCCACACACCAUAUUCCCAACAACGUCUUAAUGCUUUCUCCACUGAGCAUUUAAAAAAGUACGGAGGUCUCUUUCCAUCUGGAGGCAAUCAGUGCCAAGAGCUAAAUCAAUCCUUUAGUGAGGCUGACUCCUAUAUCGAUGUUAUUAACCACAGUACAUUGAAGAAAACCUGUCCACACGGUAACACUGUGGAGGAGUUCGGGAAAGCGCAUCAAAAAUGCGUUAAAAGUCAAUUUGGCGAAAGCUCUGAUACAAUUAAUCAAAAGCAUGAGAGAAUGUGCAUCAAAUUCAACCAACGACCAUUACAAUCAAGGAGAGGACAGGACACUUCGAUAACGUCAGUGAAUUCCAGUGGGCAGGAUUCGGGAAUCGCUGAAGCUGUCAGGUGUCCCUGCGGGCAUUCCACUACCCACACUUCAGAGGAGAGCAGCGGUUGCAGCUACGAGGACUCCCUGAAAUCAAAUCACAAUCAAGAAUCACAUCUUAAAUCAUAUCGUCCCGAUCCAGAGCCCCGUUUCCAUCGGCGUGCUUCAUUCGGUCAACAACCACUGGACGUGCGACGAUUCAACUACAGGAGACAGUCUUUCUCUGAAAACCUUCAUAGACAUUUCCCCUCAUUCGAGAGAAUCGGAUCUGGUGGCAGAAUGACCAGACAGAUAUCUUCUCCCAACGUGGCUAGUGUAUCUCAGCCAUAUUUCUUGGCUGCUAAAAAGAAUUUACGAAGAAAAGAAGUAGUAAAGGAACCGGUGGUGGAUUAUGAUCAGAGUGAAGCAGAGGAUCAAUUCGAUACAAGACUGGGUAGAAGACUAAGUGGACAGAACCGUAAGAGAGGAAAUUUUAUGGAAUUAAAUGGACAAACGGCAGUGUUUGUUGCUACUCCUGCCGCAGCGGAGAUUAUGAGGAGACAGGGAAGUGAGAGACUUAUGUUUGCUAGACCUUUAUAG